GUUCGACAGUUUGAAGAAGAUAACAGCAUGCUUCAGACGUUUAACGAUAAAUUUGGAAAUGAAAAUGACAAAUUAAUGAUCGAGAGUAAUGAAUUAAAGGCCGAAUUGAUACGUUAUUGUCAAUAUCGAGUUCUGAGAAAUAUUCCUUCACCAAUUAUGGACAAAAGAUCAGCAACACUGAAUGAAACGAAUGCUGAAGAAGCAAGAACCGAGGUGAAAAAUCUAAUGAAAGGUCAGAUACCAGCCAAAUAUCAACUGGAUUAUGAAAAGACAUUCUUUGAACAAUCGACAACUGUUUACGAAAAACUGAUUCCAGAAUUAAAGAGGCUUAUGGAUGGAGUUUUUAACCCUUCUACUAGAGCAUUAGAAAAGGUUGAUCGAAGGUUACAUGCGAAUACUCAGCUUUCUGAAAAGAAAAAUAGACAAAUAAAAAUGGCAUUUAAAUUGUUCGACACGAAUGAAGAAAAAGUUUCAAAAUUCGACAAAAAUGAACGUUCAGAAAAGGAACGUAUCUAUAACGAUAAGGUAUAUUUUACUUCAAAUAAAACGCUUGAAAAUAUAUCUGAAUGGGCAACCAGUCAAAACAAAUUUUUAUACGAAACAGACUGGACAAAUAAAACCAAUAAAAUUAACCACAAUUUCGAUGCUGAAAUUGAUAUUAAUGAUGGCGAUAAUGAUUAUCUAAUAGACUUUUUAAUGGAUGAAAUACGACCUGAGGACUUCGAUGAAGAGAGUGAAUCAUCCAUGAUUGCAUCUCAAAUUAGAUUACCAUUAGACCUAUAUUCAACCUGGUUAAAUUUAGGUCUAAUGGCUAUUUUUUGA